UGGCCAAGCCCCACUCCCACGUGCGGCUCCUGGCCUUCAGCAUCGUGGACGAGCUCUUCAUGCGCUCCAAGCUCUUCCGCUCCCUCCUCGCUGACGGGCUGGACGGAUUCGUCCCGCUGGCCGUCGGCUUCCGCACCAACGAGCAGCUCCCCCCGCCGGCAGCCUCCGCGGCCACGCUCCGAAAGGCCGCCAUCCAGGCGCUCGAGCGCUGGCACCACCUCUUCGGCGUGCACUACCGCCAGCUCCGUCUCGCAGUCGACUACCUCAAGUCGUCCGCGCGCAUCCAGUUCCCCGGUCUCCGCGCGGCCGUCGAGGCCCGUGCCGCGCGGGAGGCACGCACGCAGGAGAUCUUGACUGCCAAGGUCGAACAGUUGCGGUCCACGAUUGGAUCCAUAAAGGCUGAAAUCCGGUCCACCAUCGAAGAGAUCCGCAACGGGCUGGGCAUCAUCCGGGCUGAGUAUGAGAAAUUCGAGCGUUAUGCAGAUGAGGAAGAGGAGGAGGAGAUUGCUUCAAUGGCAAUGCGGAGUAUCAGGACAGCAUCAUUGAUGGCUGGGCAGUGGGUGCCUGAAACUCAGGAAAACGAGGCAGUUUUUGAUGCGUUGAGGGAGGCGUACCGGCUCCUUAUAUCGAAGCAUUUCAGCACCAUUCAGGAUUGGAUAUCUGUGCUUGUUAGGGUCAAUCUUGCAGAUAAUCGGUUCAGAGAUUCUGCAUUGAAGGAAUUCAUUGAUGUUAAGAAUGAAAUACGUGCUGUAAGAGGCCAGUGCAAUGAGCUUGGUCUCGAUCUUGAUAAUGUUCGUAGGAAGAAGGAUGUUCAGGAGGAAGAUGAAGAGGAUUGGGUGGAGGGAAAGAUUGAAGUUCCUAGUCCUCCUAGAGUUGAUAGCACUGUAGAUGUUGCAGGUUCCAACAAGGACAAUAGGAAGGGAAAGAGGAUGGUGAAUGGAGGUAAUGGUGACUUGCCAAAUGGCGGUAAUAGAUCUCAGGAGAUGGAUCCAGAGAGAAAAAAGCUCCUUACUGAAGCCCCUUUGGUAUCAUGGAGCUCUGUCUUGGACCGGUGGGGUUCAAAUAUGGAUGCACAUGUAAACCAGAGGGGGCUUGAGCUCGAGAGCCAUUGGGGGAGGAUGGAUAAUGAUGCUGUUAUACCUGCUGCAAAGAUUGCAGAGUUAAAUGUUCACCAUUCUAUUUAUAAAGAAGAGCCAGUUGAGAUCCUACCAUGUCAUGCACCUCUGAAGAAAGGAGGUCUUUGCCAGAGAAGGGAUCUCAAGAUAUGCCCUUUUCAU